GACACCGCGGAGCACCACCAUUUGCGCCGCUCUUGUCCUCAUCUUGUUCUCAUUAUUCCCUCCCCACUCAUCCCUUUCCCAGGAUCAGGUUAAUUCCGGUCUGGUGCUAUCGUCCGAUCAGAUUCCCCGUCUCUGUCGUGUGCGACCCUUCCUCCCACGGUGACACCAUGUCCGAGUCACGGUUAUACUCCUUCUCCCCGGAGACCAAGGAGAAGCUGCGCAAGUUUCGCCUGGGGACCUCCCGCGCAAAGACCCCGCAAGCCAUCAUCUAUAUCAUCGACAACAAGAGCCAAGAAAUCCGGCCCGAAGAUGGCGAAGUCUACACCAAGAUGGAGGAUGUAGCGGACGAACUCCCCGAGUCGUCCCCGAGAUUCAUUCUGCUCAGCUAUCCCUUGACCUUGGCCUCCGGCCGUCUCACUGUCCCCUACGUCCUCCUCUACUACCUCCCCGAGAACUGCAACCCCUCCAUGCGCAUGAUGUACGCUGGCGCCGUCGAGCUGAUGCGCAACACGGCGGAGGUUAACCGUGUCAUUGAGGUGUAUGAGGAUGAGGAUGUCGUUUCGAUUGAGUCGAAGUUGCAGGGUGAGGAUUAGAGGGGUGGAUGGGUGAAUGGAUGGAAGAUUGAAUGUGGAUGGGAGGACGGGUUUAGGCGGGGUCUUUUUAUAUAGUCCUUAUGCUUUUAAUGAGUGGCUGGAUGCAGAGUUUGGUGGGGUGUGGUGAUAUGAUGGGGUUGGAAAAGAGGAGAAGAGGAGAAGAGAAGAUGAAUCUUGAGCGCUCCGGUAGCACCACGCGUCGCUUAUACAAAGUACAUACCUAUGCACAUACUUAUAUCUGCUGCAAUAGAUUAAUG